UCCUCAUUCUCCUCCAAACAUAGCUUCUAUGUAUAUAUAAAAUCUCAGAACAAAUCAACAUGGCUUCUUGUUCAUCAACUACAACUUCAAGUUUCCACAAAACUCAUGUCAUUUCUUCUUCUUGUUCUUCUUCGUCUAUGAAAAAUGAUCGAACGGCUCAGAGCUUCCAAUCAAGAACCAUGAAACCAUGCAGUAGAAAAGCUAAUGUAGUACAAUCUGCUCUUCAGUCUCCCUCUAUUACAUUCCCGAAACACCCUUGCAAAUUACCCGAAAUUACCAAACAAGACAAGACCAUGCCACAAAAAUGGAACUUGUUCCAGAAAGUGGCAGCUACGGCUCUAGAUAUGGCUGAAAAUGCUUUGCUUUCGUUCGAAUCCAAAACCCCGUUGGCUAAAACUGCUGAUCCAGCUGUCCAAAUGGCCGGAAACUUCGCUCCGGUGCCCGAACAACCUGUUCGUCACAACUUGCCAGUGUGCGGGACGAUUCCUGAUUGUAUUUCGGGCGUCUACGUUCGAAACGGGGCUAACCCUUUAUUCGAACCUACUGCGGGACAUCACUUGUUUGAUGGCGAUGGAAUGAUUCAUGCUGUCACUAUUAAUGGUAAUUCUGUUAGUUAUGCAUGUAGGUUUACCGAAACAGAAAGACUAGUACAAGAACGAGUUUUGGGCCGCCCGGUUUUUCCUAAGGCCAUUGGGGAGCUUCAUGGACAUUCGGGCAUAGCGCGAUUGGCGCUCUUUUAUGCUCGUGGGCUAUUCGGACUCGUGGAUCAGAACCAUGGAAUUGGUGUGGCUAAUGCUGGCCUUGUUUAUUUCAAUGGCCGGCUUUUAGCCAUGUCAGAAGAUGAUCUCCCGUACCAUGUUCGAGUCAAGACGAGUGGUGAUCUAGAGACUAUCGGUCGAUUUGAUUUUGACUCGGAACUGCAGUCUACGAUGAUUGCUCACCCGAAACUUGAUCCAGUAUCAGGUGAGCUUUUUGCUCUUAGUUAUGAUGUCAUUAAAAAGCCUUAUUUGAAAUAUUUUCGAUUUUCGGAAGAUGGUAAAAAAUCUGAAGAUGUGGAGAUUCCGUUAGAGAUUCCUACUAUGACUCAUGAUUUUGCAAUCACGGAGAAUUUCGUAGUGAUUCCGGAUCAGCAAGUAGUUUUUAAGCUGGAAGAAAUGAUCAAAGGUGGUUCACCAGUUAUGUACGAGAAAAACAAGAUGUCGAGGUUCGGAGUUCUACCAAAAUAUGCUAAGGAUUCCUCAGAAAUUAUUUGGGUUGAAUCACCCGAAACGUUUUGUUUCCAUUUAUGGAAUGCAUGGGAAGAACCCGAAUCGGACGAAGUUGUCAUUAUCGGUUCUUGCAUGACACCUCCUGACUCCAUUUUCAACGAAUCUGACGAGAGCCUAGAAAGCAUUUUAUCCGAAAUCCGGCUUAAUUUGAAGACGGGAAAAUCCACACGUCGCGCAAUAAUGAAACCAUCAGAACAAGUGAACAUCGAGGUUGGAAUGGUGAACCGGAAAAAACUAGGCCGAAAAACCAGGUAUGCUUAUCUAGCCAUUGCUGAGCCGUGGCCUAAAGUUUCGGGUAUUGCUAAAAUCGACUUAUUUACGGGAGAGUCACAAAAGGUCUUUUACGGUGACAAAAGGUACGGUGGUGAACCAUUUUUUUUGCCCUCCGAAUCGGACAAAGAAGACGAGGGAUACAUUAUGGCUUUCGUUCACGACGAACAGACAUGGAAAUCAGAACUUCAAGUGAUCAAUGCAGCGACCAUGAAGCUAGAAGCAACAGUAAAGCUUCCGUCGAGGGUUCCCUAUGGAUUUCAUGGCACAUUCAUAAGCUCCGAAGAGUUAGCACAGCAAGUAUAGAUAGUCAUUUACAUGGUGAAUUAAACUAGAGGUGAUCGGUAUCGGUGGGAUGCUGAGGUUUCCCCGGACUCUCCUCGGCUCGGCUUUCGGGUAUCGGGUACAUUUUAUUCGGAUAUAAAUUAUUAUUUAUUACAGAUGUAGAUAAUUUGUUGAUAAAUUUGAUAGAGUUUGGGAGGGAGAUAAAGAAACUAAGCUUGUAGCUUGAUCGUAGAUGGUUUUGGAGCUCAGCUUGUUUUGGAUAGAUAUCAAGAAGCUAAUUAAGCUUGUGAAUUAUGUGUACAAAUGGAAUUGACGAUGUUGUUAAAACACAUGGUUUUUGAGAUUAAUUUUUCUUAAUCUGAGGUU